AUGACGAUUGUAACAGUUGUAUAUUCCCUAAGGAGCACCUCCUGUGAACAGCAGGAGCUAACCAGAUCGAGCUACGGCUACACGUUCACCUGCCUGAAUUUAAAUGCGCUGGCUGCUAAGUUUGAGAGUAAACUUGAUAUACUGCAACAAAAAACUGUGCUGUUCUCUUUGCUGUACGGACAAAGAGUUUUCACGCGCGUGGAGCAGCAGGUAAUUGCUAGUGACAAUAUUCUGGGGAAGUCCCGUAACGCCGGACGGCACCUAGCGCCGGACACUCGUACUAUCAAGCGAGUACAAAUCAGUUCGUUUCAAAAUACAUGUGAAAGGGGUGCUGGGGCACACAGGAACAAGAUCACGCGCCGUGCCUCGCCAGUGACGCACACGGCCGCGGCAGGAGUAACCAUUUGCUGUUUUAGGCUCGAAAUCACUGCGUCACCUAAAUAUCAACAGUAUAGAAGAAAGAAGAUAGUUAAAAUGGAAGAGAAGAAAAAGAAAGGAUCCUGGGAUCCACAGAGCUUACAAACUGCUAUUGAUAAAGUUAUGUCAAAAGAACUGAGUGUAAGACAAGCUGCAAUGCGAUACAAUAUUCCUAAAAGCACUAUACAUUAAAUAAAGGCCCUAAAUCGAGAAGAAGUAACAAUGAAACCAAAGUUGGGUAGAUUCACUAACACCUUCUCAGCAGAGUAUGAAGAAGUCUUGGUGGACCACAUUAAAGAUUUAUCGAAUAGAUGCAUGCCAGAAAAGAAGUUUCUUAAAUUAGCAUACGACUUAGCUGAAGUCAUGAAGAUUCCUCAUCGAUUUAAUAAAGAAAAAGGCAGUGCUGAUAAAUAAAAAAUAAAAGUCGCAAUAAAAAAAUACGACUUCAUGAAAAGGCAUUCUGACAUUUCGUUGAGAACACCGGAAUCGACAAGCAUGAUGCGCCCCGUAGGAUUUAACAAACCACGAGUGGAUUUCUUCUACGACAACCUUGAAAAGCUGAUGAAACAGUACAACAUUCACACCCUCAAGAAUUUAUAACUGUGAUGAAACUGGUGUCAGUUGCGUGCACAAAUAUUCGUCCGGUACUAGGUGCCACUUUUUAAAAUUAUGUUUUUUGUUACCAAAGUUUGUUUGAUAGUAUUAAUUAUUUUUUAGCAGAGGUUGCAUUUUUGUUAAAUUAAUUUGAUUUCUAACUUUGUUAUCUAAUAUAAGUCAUAAUUUUAUAAACAUUCCUUAAAUAUUUUAUGUUUUAUUUUGAAAUAACCUUAGGUGUCCGCCACUGGGGGACUUCCCCCUAAU